AUGGCUUGUCCUCAACCAUCAGAUGAACUUGUAUUUUUUGUGAAUGGAAGGAAGGUGACAGACAGUUAUCCUGAUCCUGAAGAAUACUUGCUUAAUUACCUGAGAAAGGAACUCCACCUGACCGGAACUAAAUAUGGCUGUGGAAUUGGAGGCUGUGGAGCCUGCACUGUGAUGAUAUCAACCUAUAAUCCUGAAACCAACAAGAUACAUCAUUAUCCAGCCAACUCUUGUCUACUUCCAUUAUGCUCCAUCCAUGGUGCUGCCGUAACCACUGUAGAAGGAGUGGGAACCACAAAGACCAAACUUAAUCCUAUACAGGAAAGGCUGGCAAAGUGUUUUGGCUCUCAGUGUGGCUUCUGUACUCCUGGGAUGGUGAUGUCUAUGUAUUCCCUCCUGAGAAAUCAUCCUGAACCCAGCAUGGAGCAGAUUGUUUCAUCUUUGGAUGGUAAUUUGUGUCGUUGUACUGGAUACAGACCUAUACUGGACAGCUUUAGUGCUUUUUCUUCGGAAUGCUGCCCAUUGGCAGGGAGUGGGAAAUGUUGCAUGGAAAAAGAGGAGAGUAAAGAGAAAGAGACUUAUAUCUGUUCAGGCCUAUGUAAACCAGAAAAAUUCUAUCCCGGGGAUCCAACCCAGGAUUACAUAUUUCCUCCUGAACUAAUGAGAAUGGCUGGAGAGAUCAGGGAGAAAACUCUGGUUUUCAAGGGGAAAAGGACAACGUGGAUUUCUCCUGCAUCUCUAAAAGAACUUCUCCAGCUGAAGGCUACCUACCCCCAAGCACCUCUUGUUGUAGGAAAUACAUGUGUAGCACUUGAUAGGAAACUUCUGGAUGUUUAUUAUCCCCUUUUCCUCCAUCCUGUAAGGGUUCCAGAACUGCAUGUCACCAGCAUUGAAGAGAACGGCAUACUAAUAGGAGCAGCCACCCGCCUUGCCCAGUUGAGAGACUUCCUAUUAAGCGUUGUCUCAGAGCUCCCAACGGAGAAGACCAAGAUUUAUUGUACCCUCUUGAAGCAACUGAGGACUCUGGCUGGAGAACAGAUCAGAAGUCUGGCUUGUUUAGGAGGACACAUUGUAAGCAGAGGAUCCACCUGGGAUUUGAACCCUGUCCUGGCAGCUGGGAAAGCUAUUCUCUAUCUUGCAUCAGAAGAUGGCACACGGGAGAUUCCACUAAAUGAUGAAUUCCUUGAACGAAUGCCUCAAGCAGACCUUUUGGGAAAUGAAGUCAUUGUCUCUGUUUUUAUUCCCUUCUCAAAGGAAAAUGAAUUCAUAUCAGCCUUCCGACAGGCAGAUCGUAAAAGAAAUGCACUCUCGGUGACAAAUUCUGCAAUGAAAGUCCUUUUCCAAUCAGGCACAGAUAUCAUUCAGGACCUCAUUAUUUUAUAUGGAGGCAUUGAUUGUACAACUGUGAGUGCACGAAAUUCCUGCCAGAAGCUCAUUGGAAGAAAUUGGAAUGAAGAGAUGCUGAACGAAGCUUGCCAAUUAAUCCUUGAAGAAAUCACACUCUCUCCCUCAGCAGCCGGUGGGAAAGUAGAAUACAGACGCACUAUGCUCAUCAGUUUCUUCUUCCGAUUCUAUCUGAAAGUGCUACACGAUUUAAAAAACAUGUUUCCAUACAACUAUCCUGAUUUAUCGAAGGAAUACAUUAGUGCUUUAGAUGAAUUCUGUGAUACACCACCGAAAGGCAUGCAAGUAUACCAGGAUGUAGAUCCUCAACAACUUCCUCGGGACCCUGUGGGACGUCCCAUCCACCAUGAGUCUGCUAUUAAACAUGCCACUGGUGAAGCUGUCUAUGUUGAUGAUAUGGAACCGUCACAGAGGCAACUGUACAUGGCAGUGGUAACCAGCACACGGGCCCAUGCUAAAAUUCUAGCCAUUGAUAUAUCAGAAGCCUUGGAAGAACCAGGUGUGGUUGAUGUAGUAACAGCUCGAGACAUUCCAGGGGAAAAUGGUGAUGGCAAAGAGGAUGUGUUUGCAGACAAUGAAGUAAUAUUCAUCGGGCAUAUUAUUUGUGGUGUUGUCGCGACGUCCUUUGAGUGUGCAAAACAAGCUGCAAAGAAAGUGAAGAUUGACUAUGAAGAUCUGGAAGUGAUUCUAACCAUUGAGGAAGCAAUUAACCAUAACUCCUUCUUAGCAAAAGAUAAAAAAAUUGAAAGAGGAGAUGUAGAAAAAGCAUUUCAGAUUGUGGACAAAAUUAUUGAAGGUGAACUCCACAUUGGGGGUCAAGAACAUUUUUAUAUGGAAACAAAUAGUGUGUGUGUCAUUCCAAGAAAAGAAGAUAAUACUAUGGAUAUAUAUGUGUCCACACAGGAUGCUGCACUGGUACAGACGACGGUGGCUUCUGUGUUAGAUGUUCAGAGCAAUAAGAUCAUGUGCCAUUCAAAACGAGUUGGAGGAGCUUUCGGUGGGAAAACAACUAAGCCUCCAUUUUAUGCAGCGGCAGCAGCAGUGGCUGCCAAGAAAACAGGUUGCCCAGUUCGUUUUAUCCUGGAGCGAGAAUAUGACAUGCUAAUACAUGGUGGCCGACAUCCGCUUUAUGGAAAAUAUAAAGUGGGAUUCAUGAAAGACGGCAAAAUUAAAGCUGUUGACCUUCUGCUCUUCACAAAUGCUGGAUGUACACCAGAUGAAUCUGAAAUGGUAAUAGAGUAUGUGGUGCUAAGAUCUUUUAAUGCAUAUGAUAUCCCCAACUUCCGAAGCCAGGGAUGGGCCUGCAAGACAAAUUUACCAUCAAAUACUGCAUUUCGAGGGUUUGGAUUUGCACAAUCAGCCUUAAGUGCGGAGAUGUGGAUAUCAGCUGUGGCUGAUUGCCUUGAUCUUUCACCUGAUAAGGUCAGGGAGGUGAAUUUAUACAAAACGAUAUCUGAAACUCCCUACAAAGAAAAGGUGGAUGCCAGAAAUCUGCUGGCAUGUUGGAAAGAAUGCCUGAAGAAGUCUGAUUACUACAUCAGAAAAGAAGCUGCUGAAGAAUUCAAUAAACAAAAUUACUGGAAGAAGAAAGGAAUUGCAAUCAUCCCCAUGAUGUUUACAGUUGGAUACAAUAAAACAUUUUACCACCAGGCUGCUGCUCUGGUUCAUAUCUAUGUAGAUGGGUCAGUACUACUAUCCCAUGGUGGAUCUGAAAUGGGACAAGGACUUUAUACCAAGAUGUUACAGGUGGCUAGCCAUGAAUUAAAGAUACCGCUAUCUUACAUACACCACUAUGAAAGAACGACAGUCACAAUACCGAACGCAAUUGCUACCGGGGGAUCAAUCGGUGCAGAUGUCAAUGGGAAAGCAGUCCAGAAUGCUUGUCAAAUUCUAAUGAAGCGCCUUGAGCCAAUCAUUAAAAAAAAUCCUAAAGGAAAGUGGGAAGAUUGGAUUAAAGCUGCCUACGAGGAAAGCAUCAGCCUCUCUGCAACUGGCUUCUUCAAGGGAUAUGUUGUCAAUAUGGACUGGGAGAAAGGAGAAGGCCACGCAUUUGCAUAUUACGUUUUUGCUGCAGCGUGUUCUGAAGUUGAGAUUGACUGCCUCACUGGUGACCAUAAGAAUCUCCGAACUGACAUUGUCAUAGAUGGUAGUUUCAGCAUCAAUCCAGGCAUUGACAUAGGGCAGGUUGAAGGAGGCUUUGUUCAGGGACUUGGAUUGUAUACAACAGAAGAAAUAAAAUUCUCUCCAGAAGGACAGCAGUAUACAUUGGGUCCUGACACAUAUAAGAUACCGGGUCUUUGUGAUAUUCCAGAAGAGAUUAGAAUCUUCUUGCUGCCAAACUCAACAAAUCCAAUUGCUAUCUAUUCCUCCAGGGGAUUGGGGGAAUCUGGAUUAUUCCUCGGAUCCUCUGUCUAUUUUGCUAUAAGAGACGCAGUAGGUGCUGCACGGAAGGAAAGAGGAUUAAACUCUAUGUUCCCACUGGAGAGUCCACUGACUGUAGAGCGGAUUCGCAUGGCCUGUGCUGAUUAUUUUACAGAGAUGAUUCCAAGAGACAAGCCUGGGACCUAUAUACCUUGGGCUAUCCAAGUUGAUUAA